AUGGGAACACUUAUGGUUUUCCCGUUUGUUACUUCUCCACCCUUUGACAUUGUUAUGAAUGAAGCAAUUCGUGAACACCCUCACUACAACCUAGAAAGGUAUGGACAAUUCGGAGGUUUCGAAGCGUCAGCGUCGAUUAUAUCACUGAUGAGCCUCGCUAUUGUGAUGGCUUCACCGAUUUUCAUAUUUUACCUGAGGCGUCUGAUCUUAAAAACGCUCAACACUUAUCAGCAGUACACACCCAGUGUAAUCCUGAUGGCAGAGAACUGUGAGCCAAGGAUGGCAUGCGCAUCACGAGAAAUGAAGAGGAAACCAUGA